AUGGUGAAUUCACCGACGACCGAAGCCUGCGAUUGCGACGGAUCCGAGUUGCCAAAGCCGAAAUUGGUCAAGAAAAAAGGUAUGAAAUAGGGUAUUUUGCGAAUUUUUUGAGGUUUGAGGUAAUAAGAAGAGAUUUUAUUAAAAUUUUAGGCCGCGAAAAUGAUUUCUUUGUGAUUUUAGGUAACAAAAAUAAAGUUUUGUUAGUUUUUGGGUAUCAAAAAUGGUUUUUUUUUGUGGUUUUAGGUAACAAAAAAGGUUUUUUUUGUAAUUUUAGGCAAUAAGAAUUAUUUUUAAAUAUUUUAGGUAAAAAAGGGUUCCUUUGUAAUUUUAGGUAACAAAAAUAAAGCUUUUUGGUUUUUAAGUAUUAAAAAUGAUUUUUUGGAUUUUAGGUAACUAAAAUGAUUUUUAUUUGAUUUUUGGUAAUAAAAAUGAUUUUUUGGAUUUUAGGUAAUAAAAAUUAUUUUUUCUUGGAUUUUUGAUAAUAAUUUUUUUUUUUAUUUUGGGAGGUAAGACAAUUUUUUUCAAUUUUGAGGAUUCAAACAAGAUUCUUUUAUCAAUGUCUUGUUUUAAAAGUAUUUUCAAUUUCAGGCUACAUUCCAUAUGGCUUGAUCUAUCGCACCCAAGAUGAAUUCCAAAAAGUCGGGUAUUGGAUUCCAGGUGUGGCCAUAACAGCAAGAAUAACGAAAGUCGAGAAAGAUUCAUCUACCAAUUUACAUCUUCUCAAUCCUUGGAUGUAAGUUUUAUUUUUUAUUGUUUUAUGCGUUUAGGUAUGGCUUGGUUGACAAAGGUUAUGCGCUAGGCAUGUGCCUAAUGAUUUAAUUCUGAAGCCCUAACCCUAAGCUUCUUUAUGGGACAUUAAUUUAUUUCAGUUACACAGUAGAAGCGACUCACGGCCGAUACAAAUGGACAGUGUUCAAAAGAUACGCCGACUUUGCUCAAUUGGCCAAGUCAUUGGGUGGCCAUAGACGAAUGGAACAGUUCAAAACGCCUUUUAGGAAGUAAGAACGCGGUUAUGUAAAUUUGUUACCUAAAAUUAAUAAAAAGAGUGUUUUAGGUAACAAAAUAACAAAAAAUUUGUUUUGUUACCUAAAAUAUUGUAAAAAUUAAAAAUUGAAGCUUCUAAGCCAUUUCACUUUAUCUUAUUCUAUCCUUUCCUACCUCAUUUUACUUUAUCCUAUUCCACUCAUUUCUACAUUAUCCUACUCUAAAAUAUCUAACAUAUUAUUAUUAUAGAGCCAAGACGAAGAUCGAAAACGCCCUGGACGACAUUGAUCAAGAAACCAAAGACUAUGAGCUUCAAGUCCUCGAAAAAGGCAAAGAAUUGGGCGACUUUGGAACGCCACGAAUGGAUUCGGAUUCUGGAGACGAGCCCCAAUCCAACGGUAAAACUCCAGAUUCUCCAGACGAAGAGCUGGAUGAAGAAGACGAUGAUCACCCAAGAUUCCCACUGUUACCCGAUUCAAUGAUCAGCGAAGUUCACAUGGAACGACGAAGAGCACAACUGGAACGAUGGCUUAAACAUGCGUUGACGAUACCUGUGAAUAGGGAUUAUCAUCAGAUGGCCGAGUUCCUCGAAGUGUCAAGAUUUUCGUUUAUCAAUGAACUGGGAGGAAAACAUAAGGAAGGGUUGAUGAAGAAGAGGCCGGGAGGUGGCAAGGUGUAUAUCGGAUGCAAACAGUUCUGUGUCAAAUGGAUAUUACCUUGGAUGGAACGGUAGGUUAAUGGUUUGUAUGACAGGGAUAUGGCCAAUGCUAGGACAAGGUUUUAUUAGGACGAGGCUAGUACACGACUUUGUUAUAGUUAAGACGGACAUGGCUAUGGGCAGAACAGGGAUUUUACAGUCCAAGGCUUAGGCAGGGCUGUGGUGUGACUAAGGCUAGGACAGGGCUUUUCUAGGGCGAGGGUAGGAUGGGUAAGGCAGACUAGGGUAAGGGUUAGAUAGGGUUGGGAUACGGCAUUUCUGCUUAGCGUAGGGUAUGACAACGCUUCAAAAAUGCGGCAAUUUUUAGAAUUUUUAAUAUUUUAGGUACCUAAUUUUGAAAGAUUCAUAUGUUUGCUACGUAAACAACAAUGAAAGAGUUCGCUUGGUACUGUUAUUUGAUGAACAAUUCGAAAUUGACUCUCCGGAUGUGAUAACAAGCACAAAACCCAAAUAUAUGUUUUUGUCGAAUGCUUCACAGUAAGUUUUUACACUACUAUUUGAAAAUAAUUUACUAUAAGGCUCUAUGGUUCAUAAGAAAGCAUUUUUUUAAAGUUUUAAGUUACUCUGAGAUUAAUAUUUUAGUGUACUAGCCAUGAAGCUACAAAGAGAAGACGAGGCUUUUUACUGGAAAGCUGCUAUAAGACAAGUGCUAGAAACAACCGGUCAAAUAUGGCUAAAACCUAAACCAUAUGGGUCUUCUUAUCCAAUCAGAGAGCAUCAGUACAUUCAGUAGUAAGUUCACUAUAGUCUACCCUAACUUGCCCUACCCUACCCUAUCCUAUUCUACCCUAUCUUACCCUACUUUAAUUUAUCUCAUCUUAUCUCAACUUAUCCUACCCUUCUCUACUUCUACCCUUACCUUAUCGUAACCUACCCAGCUUGAGAACGUUUUUCUCAAAUUUUAAAUGUCUUACCUUAUGUUGAAACACCCUACCCUGGAUUUAAAUGCUCUAUCCUUUUCUGAAAGAAUCUACCUUGGUUUGAAAUGCCUUAUCCUAUCCUAAAACGCCGUACUCUGGAUUGACAAGAGUAUACACUGGCUUACCUUUAACGCUAGUCUUUUUAAAACCCCCUUUUUGCUCUGUUUUUAUCAUACGCUUUUGAAUCCUAUCCUAGCCCAAACUUAAAAUUGUAAUACACUAUUAAUUCAACCUUUCUUCAGUUUUGUCGACGCCAAAGACUACUGGGAGAGAGCGGCGGCCAUGAUUGAGUUGGCCCGAGAAGAGAUAUUCAUAGCGGAUUGGUGGCUUUGUCCUGAGAUUUAUAUGCGACGUCCCAUGGCUGAAGGGAAUCAUUGGAGACUGGAUCAUGUUCUAAAAAGACAGGCCGAGAAGGGCGUGAAGAUAUUCAUAUUAAUAUACAAAGAAUUCGAAUUGACUUUGAAUUUGAAUACAUUGUACGCCAAGAAACUGCUACAGGGUCUUCAUCCUAAUAUCAAGGUAAAAUACGGGUGUUGUUUGUGUGUCUAUUUAAAAGACGAUUUCUGAGACGGUGAAGCAUGGUGUGCACUAGAAAUUGACCCCCUGUUUUUAUCGUCUUAAUGCAUGAGAUAAACCGUUUUAAGAUGUAUAGUGAAGUGUUUUUGCACAAAAUGUCAUUUUGACAUUUUUAUGACAUUUUUUGUCAAAAACAGUGAAAAUUUAUAAUAAUUUUAAAAAUUAGCAGAAUGUUUUAAAAAAUUUGUACACUUAUGUUUUUAACUAUGCUGAUUAAAAUUGUAGUUGAACAUUUUUUUUCUAAAGUUACCGUAACCUACCGUAACCCAACCGGUCGAUUAAAAAAGUGCAAAUAAAAAAAAAUUUAACACGGUUAGUCAUAGUCAAUUUUAGCAUAUUUGAAAUCUACAUGAAAUUUGGGUUUGAAUAGACGGUACGCUCAAACUUAAAGCUGCCAAUUUUGGGGCUUUACGGCCGAUUAAAAAAUUACGGUAGCACAAUGUCAAAAAAUUUAAAAUUUUACUGUCGCUUUGCUAAUGCAAUUAAAAGUCUGCAAAUUUGCAUACUUAUGUUUUUUACCAUGUUGAACAAACUGGUAAUUACAAAAAGUUUGUAAAAGCACCGUAACUUACCGUAAUCCGACCGGUCGAUUAUAAAAGUGCAAAUAUCUAAAAAUUUAGCACGGUUAGUCAUAGUCAAUUUUAGCAUAUUUAGAUUAUUCAUAAAACGUAGAUAUUGAAAGGCUAUAAUAUAAUCUUUAAAGAUGCCAAUUUUGGGGGUUUACGGUCAUUUUUUGGAUAGUACGCCACCGUAAUUUUUUAAUUUACCGUAAAGCACCAAAACUGGCAGCUUUAGAGAUGUGCUUAUACCCAAUCAAUAUCUACGUUUCAUGUAGGUUCUAAAUAUGCUAAACUUGACUAUGGAGACCCGUGUUAAAUUUUUGGAUAUUUGCACUUUUAUACUCGACCGGUGGGAUUACGGUAGGUUACGGUACCUUUAGAAAAAAAUUUUAAACUACAAAGUAAUUCAGCGUAACGAAAAACGUACGUAUGCAAAUUUGCAGAUUUGUAAUUGCAUUAGCAAAGCGACAGUAAAAUUUUAAAUUUUUUGACAUUGUGCUACCGUAAUUUUUUAAUCGGCCGUAAAGCCCCAAAAUUGGCAGCUUUAAGUUUGAGCGUACCGUCUAUUCAAACCCAAAUUUCAUGUAGAUUUCAAAUAUGCUAAAAUUGACUAUGACUAACCGUGUUAAAUUUUUUUUAUUUGCACUUUUUUAAUCGACCGGUUGGGUUACGGUAGGUUACGGUAACUUUAGAAAAAAAUGUUCAACUACAAUUUUAAUAAGCGUGUUUUGAAACGUAAGUAUAACAAAUUACACGGCAUUUGAUAUAUUAAUAAUGGCACAGUAAUUUUUUAAUUUUUUGACCGUAUCCUACCGUAAUUUAUUAAUUGACCAAAAACCCCAAAAACUGGCAGCUUUAAGUUUGAGCGUACCGUCUAUUCAAACCCAAAUUUCAUGUAGAUUUCAAAUAUGCUGAAAUUGACUAUGACUAACCGUGUUAAAUUUUUUUUUAUUUGCACUUUUUUAAUCGACCGGUUGGGUUACGGUAGGUUACGGUAACUUUAGAAAAAAAAUGUUCAACUACAAUUUUAAUCAGCAUAGUUAAAAACAUAAGUGUACAAAUUUUUAAAACAUUCUGCUAAUUUUUAAAAUUAUUAUAAAUUUUCACUGUUUUUGACAAAAAAUGUCAUAAAAAUGUCAAAAUGACAUUUUGUGCAAAAACACUUCACUAUACAACUUAAAACGGUUUAUCUCAUGCAUUAAGACGAUAAAAACAGGGGGUUAAUUUCUAGUGCACCUGCCUGUUUCAGGCUGCUUCACUGUCUCAGAAAUCGUCUUUUAAUUGUAGUUCUAGGAGUAAAAAUGGAAAGAACUUUCUUUAAAAAACAACAAAUGGCAAGAACUUUCUUUACAAAACAAAAAAUGGCAAGAACUUUCUUUACAAAACAAAAAAUAGCAAGAACUUUCUUUACAAAACGUAAAAUGGUAAGAACUUUCUUUACAAAUCAAAAAAUAGCUAGAACUUUCUUUACAAAACAAAAAAUAGCAAGAAUUUUUUUUGGCAAAACAAAAAUGACACUUUUUUAAAAUUGGAAGUUGUGUGGAAGAUUUUCAAUGUAUUUUGCACUGAAAAUCUUCCCCUAAACUCUCAUUUUUAAAAAACGUCUUAAAAUGCUUCAAAAACACGUUUUUGAGGUUUUUUAGAAGUGAAAAUUUGGUGGAAGAUUUUCAGUGCAAAAUACAUUAGAAAUCUUCCACUUAACUUCCACUUUUUUAAAUUUGUCAUAAUUACGUUUCUAGAUCUUUAAGUGACCAAAGAUUAGUUUUAAAACUUCAAAUGGCAAAAACCUUUUUUACAAAAUCUAAAAAAAUUAUAUUCUUUUAGGUAAUGCGACACCCGGACCAUUACUUCGGCACCGGUACCUUCUUUUGGUCUCACCACGAAAAGCUAAUCAUUAUUGAUCAAUUGAUCGCGUUCGUCGGCGGUCUAGACUUGUGUUACGGUCGUUGGGACAAUUCAACUCAUGUGCUAGCUGAUUUGGGAUCAGUUCAGUACGCGCCGCAGGCUCAGGGCUAUACUUUGGUAUGGUUAAUAUAAUUUUAGGGCUAUUUUUAUUUUUGGGAGGGGUAGGAAAUGAUUUUUUUGAAUGUAGGGUAGAGGGUAUGUACAAUAUGAUGGUGUGUUUAGCUUUAACUGAAGAAACUUUCUUUACAGGUGCUUUUAAAAAAGUGGAAGUUGAGUGGAAGAUUUGUAAUGUAUUUUGCACUGAAACUCUUCCACUGAACUUUCAUUUUGAGAAAACUUUAAAAUUUGGCAAGAACUUUCUUUCCAAGCCAUAAAAAGCUAUUUUUAGUUAAAUUUGUUACCUAAAACCGGUUUUUCAGACAAAAGGCCUAGCCGGAGCAGUAGAAGAAGUAGCAAGUCAAGUGAUCAACAGUGAUCAGCAUUUGGCCAAGAAUCACAACGAAGAGCCGGAAGAUCAGAUCAAAGCCAAAACCGAUCAUAUAAAGCAUGCCGUAGUUGACGAAAGUGGCCAUAGAGUUGGCAAGACUAAGACCUCAAUGGUUCAGAUCCCGGACGAUGAUGCCGAAGCCGAGAAAGAAGAGCCGGAACAGAAGGAACGUGAGAAGGGGCAUAGACGGACGUUCAAGGAUGUCAUGAAUCAGAUUAAAACGAGAAAGGCAUCCUCGCCCAACAAGAGAUCACGGUCACCAACACCGUUCGACAACGUUCCGAAGAAUGAGAAGGCGGCUAGUGUGAAGAGAACGCCAUCGGGACCGGCUGGAAUCACGGCCGAUUUGAUGAAUCCACAUCAUAGUAGGACGCCGCAGGUAGGAGUUUUUUUGAAAGUGGAAAGGAUGAUGGGGAGCGGGGGGGGGGGGGGUACUGUAAUACUGUAAGGGUAGGUUUUUUGGGUAAGGUAUGGCGCGUUUUUUUUGGUUAGGGUUGGGAUUUUGGGACCGGUAGGGGCGGGGGGAGAGGAAGGAUAGGGGCUUUGGGAGUUUAUGAUAAGAUUCAUUGUUAGAGUAAGGCAUGAGCUUUAGAAUGGUAAGGUGAAGGUUUUGGGCCGAUAGGGUAAGGCAGGGUAUGGUGUAUUAGGGUAAGCCUUGGAUAUGAUAAGCGCAGUAUAAGGCUGGCUAGGCUUACAGUAAGGUUUACAAGAUCUACGUUAUUUUGACGGCAGUGUAGGUGUACGGAAACCCCGAGUAUGGCCAACCGUAGCGGUAGUUUUAAAUACGGUAGAUAAGGUAAGGCAGAGUUACUGUAGGAUCAGCGCGAGGUUAGAGUAAAGCAAAGUAGGGUAGGGUGUAGUGUGGUAGGGUAGGGUAGGGUAAAGUAGGGUAGGGUAGGGUUGGGUAGGGUAACAGGGAAGUUAAUUAAAAUAGUUCUUGUUGUAAAAUACGGUAAGUAUAAAUACAUUUUACCAUUUUUUUCAGCAAAUAGCCCGCGACUCACCGUUCGGUCAAAAAACCCUCCGGUGGCAUUCAGUAGCUCUAGAUGCGUCAAGUAGCCCAGGUUUUGAUGAUUCGAAAACUUUUGACAUUACCCAAUCUUCAUCUUCAAUAACACCAGGCAGAAAUGAAAAGACACCAGUUCGGAAUAUUAUUCAUGAACCUAAGAAUAGAACUAUUAUGAGACGAGUUGUGUCAAAUUUAAAAACAAAUCGAAAUGCUAAAAGAUGGAAAAUGUUGUUGGAGAAGGACAAGCCGGACGAUGUUAAUGAUGAAUAUGUUUAUAAGUAAGAGUUGCCUCUACCUUUUACUCCACUCUGCUCUGAUCCACCUUAGAUCACUCUUCCCUACCCUACUCUACAUUACCCUACUCUAUCCUACCCUUUCCUAUCCUACCCUAUUCUACCUUACCCUACCCUACAGUACUCUACUCUACCCUGUUCUAUCCUAGCCUACUCUACCCUACCUUAUCCUAUCUUACUUUACCCUACCAUACCCUACCGUACCUUACUCAAUCGUACCCUACUCUGCUCUACCCUACCCUACCUUACUCUACGCUACUUUAUCGUUCUCUUACUCUUAUUCCUUACACCUCACUUCACCCUACCGUAUAUGUUCUUGUCCUUCCGUGCAUUUGUCUUACAGACCUCUAGUUUUAUUUUACUGUACGCUAAUCUUACUGCUCUCUUGCCUUGCCUUGCCGUACCGUAACUUUUCUUUUUAGUAGUAUAUGGUAGUUUUAACAUAUGCUUCACUUCUACUUCUACCGUAUACUUUACUCUUGCUGUACAUUUUUUUCUAAUUAUUAAGUGCCGACAUAAAGAACCCGCCAUUUUUUACAGGUAAUUACAGACGAAGUAUGGCGGGUUUUUUAUGUCAGCACCCGAUAUUAUACCGGGCUCUUAAUAUAUGGCUUAUCCUUACGUGUACCGGAUGUGUUGCUUCUAAUAUUUCUACAGUAUAACUUGCAUCGAAUUCUGCUCUUGUUUUUACGGUGCACUCGGCUUUUAUUCUACUUUUAUCUUUGCUUUGAUAUUUUUUUUCAACUCUAUUGCGAUCGUAUCUCUACUCUCUAAAAAUUGUAUUUUGUCUACUGUUAUCUAUAUUUUACCUCUACCUAACGAAAAUAUGUCUCUUACUUUUAUAUUACUCGUUUUUCUUACAAUAUUCGACAUUACCUUUACAUAUGGACUAUAAUUAAGUAAUUAUAUUUUAGUUACUGUAAAGUCCACGAAAACGAAGUCGACGUAUCAGGUCUUCAAGGAGCCGGAAAGCUAUGGCCAGGCAAGGAUUAUGUAAAUUAUUUGGUGAAAGACUUUGUCAAUGUUCACGAAGCCUACUCGGACUUUAUCGACCGAUAUCGAGUGCCAAGAACACCAUGGCACGAUAUUCACUCUGUUGUGUAUGGAGAAGCGGCUAGAGAUGUGGCUAGACACUUUAUUCAACGGUGGAAUGCUACUAAGGUAGGGUAUUUGGUAUUUGUGGGGUAGUGAAAGUCAGUUUAGGGUGUGGUAGGGUUGGCUGUGAAACGGAAUUUUAAUUUAUGGUAGAAUAAAGUAGGUUAGGGUAGGAUAACAUAGGGUAGAGAAAAUUAAGCUGGGCUACAUUGAGGUAGGCUAGAUAAAGUUACUGAAGUGUAGGGUAUAGUUAUCAGGAUAAAGGUACGGUAUGGUAAUGUAGGAAUAUCUAUGCUAGGAAAGGGUACUGUAACUUGAGUAAGGGUACUGUAGAAUGAAUUAGUGCAAGUGCAAGGUAGGAUUCAUAAAGGUGCAGUAGGAAAAAAAAGCUAAGGAGGGUACUCCAAGACAGAGUAAGACCGUUAAGAACAGAAAAGUGUACUGUAGUGUAGGACAUUGUAAGGCAGGGAGUAUAAGGGUACUGUAGGUUAAGUUGAGGUUGAUCAGGGUAUGGUAUGGUCGGCAAAUUUAUGCAAGGUUCUGCAGUGUAGUAUAGGGUAGGGUAGGGUAGCGUAGGGUAGGGUACAGUGGAGUACAGUAGAGUAGGAUAAAGUAGUAAAAUGUCCUUUUCCAGACCGAAAAGCACAAAAACAAGAAGGAUUACCCAUAUCUUCUUCCAAAGAGCUACGAUUCAAUAAAAGUGCCCAAAGUAUUCCUGAACAAAGAUACCCACAACUGUGAUAUUCAAGUGCUACGAUCAGUAGCACAUUGGAGUGCGCUGAUCGAUGGCAAAGAAGACUCGAUUCAGGAUGCCUACGUUAAGUUGAUUCAGAAUGCAGAACAUUUUAUCUACAUCGAGAAUCAAUUCUUUGUUUCUAUGAUCAACAGCACCGAAGUGACAAAUGAAAUAUGCAAAGCGUUGUGUGAUCGGAUCUGCCGGGCUCAUCGGUAAGGAUAUUUAUGAGUUUUUGUCUCAAAUCUGGAGGGUGUGGAGAGGUAGGGCAGGGUAAUUUUGUUGGGGUAGGGACAGGUAGUUUUUUUUCAAGUUUUGGGUAAGAUGGGGCAAAAAGGGGUUUCUUGAAUAUCGGGAGUGAGGAAGGGUAGAACAAGGAGUUUUUUUAAGUUUGGGGUAGGGGGGGGAGAAGGGUAGGAAAAGUUUUUUUUUAUGUUUGGAGGUGGAUUUUCAGGUAAAAAAGCGUACGUUAUUCCCUACCUCUACUCAUACCCUUAUUUUCAUCUCUACUCUUACCCAGCGCCGGGCGGGGACUUUUGGUCUGGGGGCAGGGGUCCAAAAAAUCGGCACAGAGCUACCUUUGCGAAAUUUUUUUUUCCAAAAAUCCACAGGGGGGGGACCACGUUCAACUUUUUUCGAAAAUUUUUCCUGGGGGGGUACCCCCCCCCCUCCGUUCCCUCCCCCCCCCCUCUUCGCGCCCGACCCUGCUCCUACCCCUAUUCUUACAUUAACUAUAAUAUUACUCUUACCCCGGCUCCUAGAAUUUAGCCAUUCUUGUGCUUUUUCCUAUCCUUGCUUUAGCCAACUGAUACGCAAGCUAUUUUACAAAAAAAGCAUAAUAACUGAAAAAUUGACUAAAAUUUAUAGGGCAUUACCUAAUUUAAACGACGCAUCUAUGUAGAUAGCUUUAGAGAAAUUGUAAGAAUCUGAAUUAAGUAACGUUUUCUUAUGUAAUAUCUUUUAAUUUUGUAAUACUUGCUUCGAUGUAAAACGACCCAACAAAUUACUGCGAGGGCUGGGAUCUGGCUACAAAUUACAGCGAGGGAUUAUACUGUUUACUCUACCCUAUUUUCUACCUUGUUUUACCCCACUUUGCUCUCCUCUAUCUUUUAGAAAUGAGAAACGGGCCGAGCCUGAAUGUUAGGCCCGGCCUGAUCGAAAUUUUACCCAAGGCCGGCCCGGCCCGUUUCUCAUGUCUAACUCUAUUCUUCCUUUCUCUGACCUACCCAACCUUACCGAACCUUACUCUGCUUCUACUCCUAACCCGAUCUUACCUUUGCCUUACACUUCUCGCUAUCUCGACCGCUAUUUAUGCUGUUAUAAGUUUCUACCCGCCAUUGAGCCUUAUCCUUGUCAUUCCUUAGCCUUUUUUUUCAUUUUUUUUGAUUAGGCUCAGGUCUCUUGUAGCUUUAUCUCUAUCCUACACUACUCUAGCCUACACUUCAAACCACAUUUUUUUAAAUUUUAUUUUUUUCAUUUUCAGAGAAGGCACCAAAUUCCGAGUCUACGUUCUAAUCCCUCUCCUACCAGGCUUUGAAGGUGACCUAGGCAGUGGAAACUACUCAGCUCUAAUGGCCGUUCUUCACUGGACUCUAAUAUCGAUAUCAAAAGGACCUCACUCCCUAAUGGAGAAUCUAAAAAUGAAUGGAAUCGAAAAGCCAUUCGACUAUGUGUCAUUCUGUUCACUACGUACUCAUGACGAGCUGUGCGGCAAGUUAGUGACAGAAAUGGUCUACAUUCAUUGUAAAUUACUCAUAGUUGAUGAUAAGUAUACGAUCAUCGGAUCAGCCAACAUCAAUGACCGGUCACAGUUGGGUAUGAGGGAUUCAGAAGUUUGUGUGCUGGCUACGGACAGAGAAUUCGUACCGUCGAGAAUGAAUGAAGAAGAGUAUCAGGCUGGAAAGUUUGCUUCGAAUCUGAGGAAACGGCUUAUGAAGGUAAGCAAAAACGUUUUUAUCGUAUAACAUGUCACCCGCAGCCUGCAGAACGUUUUUUGGCGCAAAAAUAGCUUUGUAAAUAAAGUUUUUGCCAUUUUUUGAUUUGUAAAGAAAGUUCUUGACAUUUUUUGUUUUGUAAAGAAAACUCUUGCCAUUUUUGUUCUGUAAAGAAAAUUUUGGGUAUCUUUGGUUUUUAUUGUAUAACAUGUCACCCGCAGCCUGCAAAAUGCUUUUUGGCACAAAAGAGUUUUGUAAAGAAAGUUCUUGCCAUUUUUUGUGUUGUAAAGAAACUUCUUGCUAUUUUUGACAAUUUAUUAAUGAAAUUCUUUACUUUCAGGAGCAUCUCGGCCUGCUAUCAGAAGCCUUCCACAAAGCACCAAUAAACCCAUCAGUGGUUGAUUUGGACGAUCCAGUUCACGACUCCUUCUACCAUGACGUUUGGUGGAAAGCAGUGAAGGAGAACACUCAAAUCUUUGAAGAAGUGUUCAGAACAUUCCCUACUAACUUGGUAAGCAUUUUUAAAGAAAGUUUUUGCUAUUUUUUGAUUUUUAAAGCGAUUUGUAAAAUGAAAGUUGAGUGGAAGAUUUUUAAUGUAUUUUGCCCUGAAAAUUUUCCACUGAACUUCCACUUCUAAAACGCGUUAAAACUGUGUUUUUAGACCAUUCUAAAACAUUUUAAAAAUGGAAGUUGAGUGGAAGAUUUUUAGUGCAAAAUACAUUAAAAACCUUCCACUCAACUUCCACUUUCAAAAAAUUUUUGUUUCAAGCUCUAUAAAGAAAGUUCUUGCCAUUUUAUGACUUGUAAAGAAAGCUAUUGCCAUUUUUCGGCUUGUAAGCAAAGUUCUUACUUAUUUUUUGUAAAAUACGGCUAUCAGUUUUGAUCUUGUUGUAGGUAUCAUCACGAGACGAGUUGGAAGUGUGGCGUAGCGAACUCCCAAUGGCCGAAUAUAACCCAGACCUGGCCCGUCAUCAUCUCAAACAGCUGUGGGGAAAUAUCGUGCAAUUCCCGGAGAGUUUUCUGUGCAACGAAGACCUAUCACCGACCAUUACCACCAAAGAAGGAUUGGUACCUUCGGCCAUAUUUACCUAA